CUGCCAUAGCCCAUAAGUGAUCUGUUGGUAAUCUGUAUUCUGUACUUUUUUUGCAAAUUGUGUAGGAAGUAGGUACUGUGGUUUUCUUUUCCGUUUUAGGAAGAAAAAAUGAAUUAAGGUAUUUUGUAUGUAUCACCUUCACCUGUGUUAAGAUUUAAUCUUGUUUUUCUUAGUCAUCUGUGCACUAAUUUAUCGGUACGAUCAUGAAUCAUGGUAUUUGAAGAACGUUCAGAUAUCUAUAGAAUUCAGAUUCCAUAGUUGUUUUGACUAUUGUACUUGAAGUUGUAAUGUCACGUCUGGGUAAUAUGGAGGCACUGGAAAAACAAUUGGCAAGCUUGCAGAUGUCGAAAGAAUCAAAUCAUUCACCGGGGAAUAUGAAGAAGGUACCACCAGCUGUGCCGCCUAAAAAGAAGGCUCAACCUCAAGUCCCUCAUAGUGCUGUAGUGAACAACGUAUGUGAACCGUCGUUUUCUGCAAAAAUAUCGACAUUACACAGUAAUAGUUCUCCGCUCUUGCUUCAGCCACCACCGCCGCCGCCGCCACCUCCAGCAUACUACACCAAUACGAGACAAGAAGGUAACAUACACAUGCCCAAUAAAGAUUACGCAAAUGUGACUCAACUUACCCUGCCGAAUGUUUCUUUCAAAAAUAAUGUACCACUGCCAUCAAAUGUCAACAAUACUACAUACAGUAAUUUACCAUCAUAUCAAAGUUGUAACAGUUACUUGAAUGACUCACCAAUUAUGCAUUUAAGCACAUCUAAAGCAUAUGACACUAACCACAAUCAUGAUGAAUAUUUGCCUCCACCUUCACCAGUUAGUUCAAAUUACAGUGAGUUGGCAAGAGCAACGGCCAACAUUAAUUAUAAUCAAGAGAGACCGUCAUAUCCUGUUUAUCAGAAUGAAUUCCCUGACUAUGGUGUCUCUCAGGCUUCUACAUACGAGUCCUUAUAUGAACCUAUAAACCAACACUCACAUAACAGACCUACUUCAGCUACAUCAAGUUACAAGAGUAACAUUUCUAAAAGGUCUCCACUUCCCAAGGAACAAGAGGUGGAUGCAUUAACCAACUUACUGGUCCAGUCAAUAUCUGACAGCCAAGAUUUAGAUGUGUUUGGAACUUGUGUUAAAUGUGAUAAGAGAGUUAUUGGAGAAAGUUCGGGUUGUACAGCAAUGGGAAACAUGUAUCACGUGACAUGUUUCUGUUGCUAUCAUUGCAAUACAAAUUUACAGGGUAAACCAUUUUAUGCAGUUGAAGGGCAGCCAUAUUGUGAGUUGGAUUAUUUUGAAACUUUAGAAAAAUGCUCAGUUUGCACAAAGCCAAUUUUAGAUAGAAUUUUACGAGCCACUGGUAAACCCUAUCAUCCCACAUGUUUCACAUGUGUUGUUUGUGGAAAGAGUCUGGAUGGAAUACCUUUUACGGUAGAUGCUAUGAAUCAAAUACACUGCAUUGAAGACUUCCAUAAGAAAUUUGCACCUCGUUGCUGUGUUUGUGAGAUGCCUAUAAUGCCUGAAAAUGGAGAGGAAGAAACUGUCCGUGUUGUUGCUUUGGAUCGUAGUUUUCAUGUUCGUUGCUAUUGUUGUGAAGAUUGUGGUCUCCAGCUCUCGUCAGAAGCUGAAGGGAGAGGUUGCUAUCCACUUGAUGGCCACAUUUUAUGUAAGGCAUGUAAUGCUCACAGAAUUAGAAUGAUCACCAAUGUUAUGACUACAGAUCUCUAAGGUCCACAAAACGAAUAUAACUGUAAAAUGCCCAUUCAUUUGCCGACAAAUAUCCUUUUUUAUAAAAUAUAUAUAUAUAUAUACUAAUAAAUAAAUUAUUUAUUUUACAAUACAUGUGCAGUUAAAGUUUCCUACAUUUAUGAAUUAAAUUAAGCUUAUAAAUAAUUAAGCUUAAGAACUUUCUAUACAAAUAGAAUAAGUAUUUAGUGGUAUGUCCAUUAGAAAUGAUAUAUCAUUUAAUUUAUAUUACAACUUUCAUUGUAGUUAAACAUUCAUAUUUUUAUAAUGCUAGUUUUUACCACUUUCUAACAAAAUGUCAAUUAACUAAACAUUAUCAUGGGUAAUUAUUGUGGUUAUCUAAUAUAAUUAAUAUAUGUGAACAAUAUUUUGAUAUGUGUGAUUUAUUACUGUUGUAACUUUAUCAAAGUAUUUAAUAUUGAUUAAGUCAAUAUGUGAUGAUAUAAUUAAGUAUUGUAGGAAAAUUUUAAAUAAACAUUAAUUAUUGUAACUUACAAUUUGUAAGUUCUAAGAUACUCUCUUCAAUAAUUUAAGUAAAUGAGUCAUUGUAGGUAAUAUUGACUGUAUAAUGCAUUGAAAAUGCUUUUAAUAUUUGGAAAAAAAUAUAUUUUGACAGAGUCAUAAAUUAUUAAACUAUAUUUAUUUAGAUUUAUAUCUUGUAAUAGAAUGAUUGCAGCUUGUCAAUUUUAAAUAAGG